AGCGCCGCUUCCUGGUCCACGUAUCGAAAAGACUACCAACAUCCUCUCUGACAGAUAAUGACAUUUGACUGUGUUUAUCCAAGCUGGUUUUCUUGUUCACGUUCAGCCGUUAAACCUCGGCGGUAGCCAGGUGACCGGAGACAUUCAGAGACCUGGACGUCGUUUCACACGGAUUGAAAAUGUCCUGGUUUACUGACUUGGCUGGGAAAGCUGAAGACUUCUUGAAUAAAGUGGACCAGGGAGCUGCCACCGCCCUGAGCAAAAGCCAGGAAAGAACCUCCUCCUUUUCGUCGCCCUACGAAGGAGAAUCCACUGUCAAACCUGAGUACAACACUGAAGGGUACAAGGCCGACACAGCUGUGAACUAUGCAUCCUCUCACGAUGCAAUAGGCUUCAUCUCCGCAGCAGCCAGCAACAUCAAGAGAUCCAAUGCAACCUUGCUGGCUGGCACAGCCAACGUGGCCGGUACCCCGUCUGGUUCUGGCAGCAGCGCUAACAACUCUGCCAAGACGUCAUCUGGCUUUGUGAGGCCCAGAAAGAGCGAGCAGGACGUGGACGAUGAUAUGCUCUUUGACUUUCUGAACAGCUCGGAGCCUCCGGCCAGCAACAGGAGGGAUUCAAGAAGGGAACUUAUGAAAGUGGCAGUUCCAGUUACAGAGGCCGAAAACCCAACACCCCCUCCAUCCACCACUCCUCACGCCAUCCCCUCAGCCCCGUCCACACCCCCCUCGACCCGCGGUGUAUCCAGGGCCUCAAGCCUGAGCUCGCUGUCUGCUCACAGCAUCAAAACGUCAGAGGAGAGCUCUGCUAAAGAGCAAGGCCAAGACACAUCUGAGAGCUCAGACUCGGGCUUGCCUGUCCCUCAGGAGUCCAGCAGGCAGGAGCCUCCUCCCCCUGCAGAGGAGCCACAGAGCCAGAUCCUGUCCAGUCUGCGUCUGGAGAACCAGCUGCUGCGCAGUGAAGUGUCCUCCCUCAACCAGGAGAUGGCUUCAGUCAUCCAGAGAGCAAAAGAUUUGCAGGACGAAUUGAACCAGGCAAGACUACGAGCUGACAAAUGGAACUCAGAGCAGUGUCAUACUGACCGAACGUUACGGGAACUUCGGUCACAGGUCGACGACCUGACGGAGGCGCUUUCAGCCAAAGACGGUCAGCUGGCGGUGCUGAAAAUCAGACUGGAUGAAGCCGAUCAGCUGCUGAAGUCCCGCAGUGCUGCACUAGAGGAGGCACAGAAGGAAAGGUCAAGAAUUGUGCAGGACCACACAGAAGGGAGCAGCAUGCAGUCCCAAGCUCUUGAGACGAUCCAGGAGAGGCUGCGAGAGGCGGACCUGGCUCUCAGGAGGGAACAGGACAGCUACCGGCAGAUGCAGAGUGAGUAUGCUGGUCGACUGUCCAAGCUGGAGGCUGAGAGGCAGACCCUUGCAGAGACGGUAACUGCAGCGGAGCGACGAGCUGCAGAGGAGAAGCUCAGGGUUGAUGACCUCCAUCAGCAACUGAAAAGUGCCAAAGCUGCAGCUGAGUCUGCCAAGCAGGAGUUACAGGACUACAAGCACAAAGCUUCACGCAUCCUACAAUCCAAAGAGAAGCUGAUCAGCAGUCUGAAGGAGGGAUCUGGUCUGGACACUCUGGACGGGAGCGGGGCCAUGGCUCUGGAGCUGGAGGAAGUGCGUCACGAGAAGGAGUUACAGAGGGAGGAGAUCCAAAAACUGCAGGGGCAAGUGCACACACUUCGAACAGAGAUACAGGAUUUGGAGUCUCAGGCCCUGACGGAGGCAGAUGCGUGGCGGGAGCAGCAGGUGCAGUUACAGGAGCAACAGGCUUUACAGAACAGGGUUAAACAGGAGGUGGAGGCUGAGGCUGAGCGCUACAAACAGGAGCUGCAGUACCUGGAGGAAGAGAACCAUCGAGCCAAAACCACUCUGCAAAGUCGAAUCAAAGACAGAGAGGAUGAAAUCCAAAAACUCAGGAACCAGUUGACCAACAAGACUCUGAGCAGCAGCAGCCAAACAGAGCUGGAGAAUCGUCUCCACCAGCUGACGGAGACGCUGAUCCAGAAGCAGACGAUGCUGGAGGCUCUGGGCACAGAGAAAAGCUCGCUGGUUUUCCAGCUGGAGCGUCUGGAGCAGCAGCUGAAGAACGCUCAGGGAGGACAAAGCGGAGGGCCGGCCAUCAACAUGAGCGGCCUCGAGGGGCCAGUAGCGCGGCAGAGAAACACUCCAGUCCUCUUCAGUGAUCAGGAGAGUCCAGGAGUGUAUGGUAAAGUACGUAAGGCAGCCAGCACCAUCGACCGUUUCAGCAUCAGACUUGGAAUCUUCCUGAGACGUUACCCUAUGGCCAGAGUUUUCGUUAUCCUGUACAUGGCGGUUCUGCACCUGUGGGUCAUGAUUGUUCUCCUGACUUACACACCAGAAAUGCACCAUGGUCAUCCUGAUGGAAGAUAGGAGGCUUGAACUAAACAGUUGGGGUUUUAAAGAUGUUUGCUCUGUUGCCUUCGAUGUAAGGAGGGUACAAGCUGCUGGAAUAUGGGCUCUGGGACCUGACUCUCCCUGUUUUGCACAGAUAUGCUAUGAAUUAAAGAUUCUUCUUUAUCCUUUCCAACUGAAGAUUGAAAACUGACAGCUGCAUUGAGUUUUAAAAUAAUUACAGAGAGAUAUAUUAUAUUGUGGGUCGACUGAAAGGACAUUAAAUCAAACAUGAUCUCACAUCUGUUCACCUGCUUUCAGACAUCUGUUCUCUGAAGAGAUUGUAUUUAACACUAUGUAAAAAAAAAUCAUCUUUUAAUAAACAAGUUAGGAGAAACAACACA